AUGUGUGAAACUGAUAUUCCCCGAAAUAUUUGGGAGGCUGCACAAAUCGGAGAUAUUCAAGAUAAGCAAUAUCGCAUGGAUGUCAUUUGGGGCUAUUUGAAAUCGAAACUCCCACUACUAGGCAAGAUUGCACUAUCUGUUCUCGUGAUACCACACAGCAACACUGGUGAGGAGAGAGUCUUUUCGACAAUCCGAAAGAAUAAAACAGAGUUCCGAUCACGACUUCAGUUAGGAGGCUCGUUGAAUGCCAUAAUGCGGAUAAAAAUGUCAAUUCCAAGAGAGCUAUUGCCCUGCUACAAAUGGAAACCCUCCAAUAAAUUGUUGAAGAAGUGUAAAUCGGCAACACCUUUGUACAACGAGGAUCACAGUUCAAAAGACCAGUAG